AUGUCCUUUGUUCUUCUGUCCGACUCCGCAGUAGUUCCACCAGAGGCACGAGGGCUGCCAGAUUCAGCCGGUAUGCCAGCAGGAACCGGGCGGUCUGGUGUAUCGUUUGCCGAUGGUACCGGCACCGCCACCGAAGAUGCCAAUUAUAUGAGGAGUAUGGAGCGGAUCACUAGGCUCUUCGAAAUAUUGUCAGCACGCUCCGAUAUAGACCAUCCAGUGUGUGUCGAGUGUACGGAAUUGCUGGUCGAGGGCCUGCAGCAGCGUCUAGACGCAGCGACACGUGAGCGUGAUGCCUUCGUCGGCUUUCUCAAGAAGACACAGGCGGAUGCGCCGAACGAAGAAGAAUUGCAGUUGCAAGCAGAGGCGUUGGAAAAGGCCAAACAGCAAGAAGCCGACGCCAUGGCCGAGCUGCUGCAGCUAGAGAAAGAAAAGGCGAAGCUGGAUGAAGAGGUGCGAAUGCUCGAAACAGACUCAAAAGAGCUCGACCGGGAUGAAGAGCAGUUCUGGCGCGAACGAAAUGCAUUUGCCACCAAGUUGGCCGACUUCCAAAAUGAGCGCGACAGCAUCAACGCCAAGUACGACCAUGACGCCCGGCUGCUUGAAAGCCUGCAGCGCUCCAACGUGUACAACGACACGUUUUGCAUCAGCCACGACGGCACGUUUGCCACGAUCAACGGCCUGCGCCUCGGCCGACUGUCAUCACGGCCGGUCGACUGGCCUGAGAUCAACGCUGCCUGGGGCCAUGCCCUGCUGCUUCUGGUCACGGUGGCCGACAAGUUGAACUACCGCUUCGAGAACUACGAGCCGCUCCCGAUGGGCUCGACGUCACGCAUCAUCCGCUACGACCAGCCGUUGCCAACCUCCAGCAGGCUAAACGGACCCGGCAGUGGUGCAGCAGGAGCCAUUGCUCAGCGGAUGAGUGCGCCGCCACCAGCACCCAAGAAACACGUGCUUGAGCUGUAUUCAUCAGGUGACAUGCCGCUUGGCCUCACUUUCAUGCACCGGCGCUUCGACAACGCCAUGGUUGCCUUCCUGGAACUGGUCCGCCAGCUGGGUGCUUUUGUGCACCAGCAGACCUUGGCAGAAGGAAUCCACACGCUGAGCUUGCCAUACCGCAUCGAAGGUGACAAGAUCGACGAUGUGAGCAUCAAGCUGGGAAUCGCGCAGGACGACGGUUGGACAAAGGCGUGCAAGUUGACGCUGACGUGCUGCAAGUUUCUCUUGGCUCACGCAAGCAACGUAAACUCGGUGUCCCCACGGAACCCAUAG